AAAGGAAAGGGUUGGUACACGACAAAUUAUGCACCCUCCCACGCUAGACAAUUUUUGUUUUAUUAAUUAAUUGUUUCUAUACCAGUUAUAUGAGAGAGAAAAUUGACGAGAAGAGAAGAGAAAAUUGCUAAGUGACCAACACCAUAAGUCUUCACAUACUGUAAUUUAAUGGGAAUAGUAAGAUUAUUUUGACAAUUUUAGCGUGAAAUGACUCAUACUCAAUUAGUAGGCAAUUAGGGGGGGGGGGAUUGGAAUCGAAGAAAAACGGUUUAAUCCAGAACUCAGCAUUUGCAUAUCAGGUGUUUGAUGUUUUGCCCAAGAGAGUCUCUUCGUAUCUAAGUUUGAUAAUCAAGGUCUCAAAAAUGUUCUUAAGGAGAGGAAUUGCCUUUGCGUUGAAGGUGAAACCCAAGUUUAUGUCAUCCGCUUGGAGUUCUUUCUCCAAAGCCUCCUCCUCUUUGGUUCUGGACGAGAAAAGUGAAUUAGCUCAUACUAAUCGUUCUAGUAAUCUUCAUCUUUCUCCAUUGUUCCCUGAUUCAAAACCUCAUAUUGGUGGUUAUGACAUUGAGCUCGUGGAUGAUUCCUCUUGGCAACUUUCAUCAGGUUUGGCCCAAGCUUGGCGAACAAGGGAAGAACCUGCAACCAUAAGGGUUGGUGACUUUGGUGUUAGCAAUUCACCACUUGAUGAAGCUGACCCUGAUUUGGAUGAUAUUGAUAAUUUAAGAAUCCGUGGCGGCCUUUUUUACAAGAUCGAUCGCGAUUCAAAAGAAUUUGAAGAGUACAGUUUUGACUUCCAUCGUAGGAAGAAAUCGUCCAAGAGAAAAGAUGAUCCUAAGGAGAGCAAAAGGAAGCAGAAUGAUUCAAAAGGACUCAGGGACAACCUAUCUCCUUCUAAGAAAAAGUGUGAUCUAGAAGAAAAUAAGAGGAAGCAAAAUGGUUCAGAAGAAGCAUUAAGAAACACCCAAUCUCGAAAUCUGGCCUCCAAAUCUGAAGAUUUUCCCAAAGUAAUGAAAAACAGGUCUGGUGUUACUGCAUUGGAUCAAACGGACACUACUUACAUUGAGAAGAAGAAGUUGAGGAAUCCCACUUAUAAUCAGCUUACAGGUCCUUACCAUGAACCCUUCUGCUUGGACAUUUUUAUAUCAAAUGCUUCUGUUCGUGCCUGCAUUGUUCAUCGCGCCACUAGUAAGGUUGUGGUUGUGGCACAUUCAAUAUCAAAGGACAUGAAGUUUGAUUUGGCUUCGACUAGAAAUUCAACUGCUUGCUCUGCUGUAGGGUCAGUUCUGGCUCAGAGAGCUUUGGCUGAUGAUAUACAUGAUGUAGUUUAUACACCAAGGAAAGGAGACAAGUUGGAGGGUAAGCUUGGCCUUGUGCUUCAAUCAAUCAUUGACAAUGGCAUUAAUGUAAAGGUGAAAAUUAAGCAAAGGAACCCCAAGAAAUCGGGUCCUCCCAUCUGUAGAUUCCGACCGUAAAGCGUUGUCACAUUACAAUGAGACUCGGAUUGAGAUUCUUAACCUCACACAACAAACAUGAUAAAUUUAAAAAAUAUCAUAAAAAACUGAUACUUGUUAUUAUAUCAAAAUAUCCAACUUUAACAAUGCAACCCCAAUUUAAACAAGCACCAUCAAAACUACUACACAACCCAAGAUCUCAGUUUUAGUCAUUAGCCGUAGCCAGUUGAAGGGAAAGCAGCUCCUCUUCCGGGAUGAGCCUAAUAUGGCAAUCCGAAGUCGGAUAAGCGGCGCACAACAAUGCG